AUGACUAUCUACACAGACUGGGCGAACCACUACCUGGAGCGGGCCCGGUCUAGAAGACGCGCGGGUGCUUCAGGCGGUGGGCUUGCUCGAGACUGCGCUGAUGGACUGUUGCUAGCCGAUGUGCUGGAAGGUGUGACGGGCUUGAAGGUGCACCGCGCGCAUCGCAAGCCGCGGAACCCACAACAAAUGUUGGAGAACGUUCAAUGCUGUUUGGAUUUCCUUCACGCGCAAAAAGUCCAAGGAUUAGAACAAGUAACAGCUGCGGACAUCCGGGAUGCUAAAUUAAAAGCAGUCUUAGCAUUAUUUUUUGCGCUCAGCCGACACAAACAAGCAACAAAACAAAGAACAGCGCCAUCUACCGGUAACGCUACGAACGCAAGCAAGAACUCUAGCGAAGAUGUUUCAUUAAAUGCAGUACAACGCAUAACAGGUGGCAGCAGUUGCGAUGAAAUUUUAACAGCGUGUGGCAACAACGUCGAGAUGACGACGUUAACAGCAAAUAGGUACCUAGUUAAAAAAUGUUGA